AUGCGCUUCGCCUGGACCGCGCUCCUGCUGGGGCCGCUGCAGCUGUGCGCGCUGGUGCGCAGCGCCCCGCCCGCCGCCGGCCAGCCACAGCCCGCGCGCGAGGCGCCCGCCGCUCCGGGCCCCUGGCGCCAGCGGAUCCAAUGGGAGAACAACGGACAGGUGUUCAGCUUGCUGAGCCUGGGCUCCCAGUACCAGCCACAGCGCCGCCGGGAGCCGGGCACCGCCGCGGCCACGCAGUCGCGCACCCCGAUCCUGCUGCUCCGCGACAACCGCACCGCGGCGGCGGCACGGGCGCGAGCGGCCGGAGCCUCGGGAGCCGCGGCCGGCCGGCCCCGGCCCUCCGCGCGUCACUGGUUCCAGGCCGGCUACUCGGCCAGCGGGGCCCGCGACGCCGGCGACUCGCGCGCUGGGAACCGCACGACGCCCGGGGAGCGCCCGGCGCUCAGUAACCUGCGGCCGCCCAGCCGCGUGGACGGCAUGGUUGGCGACGAUCCGUACAAUCCUUACAAGUACUCGGACGACAACCCCUACUACAACUACUACGACACGUACGAAAGACCCCGGCCCGGGAGCAGGAACCGGCCGGGAUACGGCACCGGCUACUUCCAGUACGGUCUUCCGGACCUGGUACCCGACCCCUACUACAUCCAGGCGUCCACGUACGUGCAAAGGAUGUCCAUGUACAACCUGAGAUGCGCGGCGGAGGAGAACUGUUUGGCCAGCUCAGCCUACCGGGCAGAUGUCAGAGAUUAUGAUCACAGGGUGCUACUAAGAUUUCCCCAAAGAGUGAAAAACCAAGGGACAUCAGAUUUCUUACCAAGUAGGCCAAGAUAUUCCUGGGAAUGGCAUAGCUGUCACCAACAUUACCACAGCAUGGAUGAAUUCAGUCACUAUGACCUCCUUGAUGCCAGUACCCAGAGAAGAGUGGCUGAAGGCCACAAAGCCAGUUUCUGUCUUGAGGACACAUCCUGCGAUUAUGGCUACCACAGGCGAUUUGCCUGCACUGCUCACACUCAGGGGUUGAGUCCUGGAUGCUAUGAUACUUACAAUGCAGACAUAGACUGCCAGUGGAUUGAUAUUACAGAUCUUCAACCUGGAAACUACAUUCUCAAGGUCAGUGUGAACCCCAGCUAUCUGGUGCCUGAAUCAGACUAUUCCAACAAUGUUGUACGCUGUGACAUUCGCUACACAGGACAUCAUGCAUAUGCCUCCGGCUGCACCAUUUCACCGUAA